CAAGUCUCUUCCUUUCUCUGCAUUAAAAUCACACCCAGUCCAGUCCAGUCUGACGAUUACAGGAACAUGGUAGGACUUAAUCUUCCUUGUACGGACGACCAUCUUCAACAAAUGCGCUGCUCUCCCAUUCUCAUCGCCCCUCUUUUCUACCUCAAGUCCACAUAUCCCUUAAUCUUCACGUUUUUUUGGAAUCUCUCUUUGCUAAUAGAAUUUGUGCUUCGUUAUUCCAAAAUACCUCUGAUCCACACAAUCUACAUUUCUAUUCCCAUAUAUUGUACCCUAACAAGUGUUCUCUAUAUGGUUCCCAUUUGUAGUGUAAAUUUUUUCACUAUCUUUUGGGUUGUCAUAUGCCAUAUCUACUCUUUGGGGCUCAAAUGCUCAAUGUAUGUCGUGGUUAUCUUGCUUGUUUGUUCUAUGAUGUAUGCAGCCUGAAACUCCCUAAAAAUUAUUUUAUGUAGAUGCUUUGUUUUUGUUGUUCAGAUCGCCAAUUUAUCAACACCCCAUCCCUAACAAUUGAAAAAAAUCAUUCUCCCCCUCUGUGUACAAAUCCUUGCACUUGCUUUUAAAAUUCGGUUUUGCAUCUCUGUGUCGUUUGUUCAUUUGUUAAAAUUCUGCGGAUCAUUUUCUCAAACGUAAUGCGGAAUAUCACAAACAACCUGUUAGAUACAGAGGAACCUUCAACCUCAAAACCUGUAGCAGAUGCAGCUUACAUUCCACCUCUGGUGAGAAAGUUUGCUGAGUUAAAAGAAUCUUUUGAUAAAGAAAAACAUGUCUUUGAAUUUGAAAAAGAACAACUUUUGAAAGAGAUAUCCUUGUUAAAAACAUCCUCUCAAUCCAGCACAGGUUCUCAAUCUCCUUCCUCAUCCUCUGAAAAAUCAACCAUUAACUCUUCUACCAUUAACUCCGAGUCUCCUUCGCCUACAAGGAACCACGUGAAGGGAAGAGUGGAGAGGAAGGGAGAAUGGAUUGAGGAGAAGUUUAGAAGAAGAAAGAAGGAAGAAGAAUCUCGUCUAAGGAAUAGGAACCAAUGUCCGAGUGCUCUGUUCUAUGCCAAGAAUAAGACAUCUGCCAAGAAUCACUUCUCUAGUUGUUCUUCUUUGAAUUCUGAAUAAAAGAAUAAAGGCAUGACGCCUCGAUUCAUUGGAUAGUCGUAAGGGGGAGAGUGGUACACAUUCUAUUAACUCUCAACAAAUCAUUGAAAGGACAAAAGAGCUCUAGGAUUGGCUAUGGGAUCAAAAGAAGACAAAUAGAGCUUGAAAACGGCGUUCAUAAUGACCUUAUGUCAAUCGUUCAAGCAUAUCUCUUCGUAGAAGCAUCCAAAGGACAUGAUUCAAGUUUCAUAUGAAAGACAACUUCAAGGGAUAUAAAUCAUAUGAAGACACCAUUGCAAGAAUCGGAGAGCAAGAAGGUGAAAAUAGACGAUGAAGUCAGAAUAUCCUUGUUGCGAUUUCAGAAUGAGACCUUCUACUAUUUUAUUCAUAUCUUUUGUUUGGAUGAUUCAAAUCCAAUUCGGCAAGUUGUGGUGGAUAGAAGAAUUCAUUAUCUACAACUUUCAUGAAGGAAAUUUGUCAAAUUCAGAAGAGAGAAAUGAUGAAAAACAGACCACGCACGAUCGUGCCUGAAGGGACGCAUGAUCGUGCGUGAUAGAGAUAUUCGCGUGGAGCUACUAGAAGCCAGACACGAUUGUGUCUAGCAGGGUAGGCACGAUCAUGCCUACCCCCUUGUUACGCGAAAAAUUGUCCUAGUUUGGCCUUAAUUCAGAUUUUUUUUCCUUUUUCUAUAAAUAAGGCCUCCAUACCCCUUAUUAGGGGUAACGAACAUUACGGAGAGGCCUAG